AUGAAUCUAAAUCGAACUUACGAGGUAUUAAAUGCUAGUUUAAGAAGAAUUGAGGAUAGACUUUCCAAGCAAGGUGGCACAGACCAAACCACAGUUAAAACCUUAAUCAAAGCAGAACUUAAAAAACAUAAAGGAGGAGUAAGCAAAGAGGAACUUUUAGUUUGCGUAGAGGAGGUUUUUGGUAAGAAUAACUUUAAAAAUGGCAAAUACCAAGGUGGUAAAGAGUUAAUUAUUACCACAAUUGAAGAACUUUUUGAAGAAACCAACAAGGAAAACAUUAAUACUAUUGAACAAAAAUUAGGCGGCCCCCAAAACUUCCAAGAUGGAGUUUACAAAGGUAAAGAAAUAAUCAACGCCGCAGUUGUUGAAGGACUGGAUGCUAAAGGAGAAGCAAUAAUUUUAGAAAAAAUCCAUGAUAUUUUCGGACCCGGAGAAUUUUAUCCAAUUAAAGGAGGCGAAGGGGUUCCGCCUGGUCGCGAAGGUUGUCGCAAAAAUGCCGAAGAAAUUGCGAUGAUGCAGGCUCAGGAACAAAAAAAGAUCCGAGCUAUUGAAGAGUGGGAUGAUUUUUUUGAUAAUAAACACUUCAUUUCGGAUGCUACUCAAAAGAAAAUCUGGAUGGAUAAAUUUCCCGGUAAUCCCAAAGCGGCCGAGAAU